UCAUCGACAGUGAAGAUAAAUAAGAUCUCAGUGCAGGGGGAACUCUGUUACUCUUCAUACCACGAACAGUCCGGGUUAGAGAUGCAUUUAAAUCAGGCUUUAGUUAUAGAAAUGUGAAGCAGGGGGGCUUCACAGAAGACCCCUCCCUCCUUCCAACAGCUGGUCAGUGGAGGAAAGUAAUGAAAACCUGAACAAAAACAUUUGGAGAGAGAAAAAGAGAAGAAAGCAGGAGCAGCACCUCGGCUGUGUGGAGGAGUUGUUGUUGUAUGGGACGUAAACAGUGCAGAUGCUGGAGGACAGACUCGAUACUCUGACUUCAUGUCUAAGGCUUAUAACUGUACACAGGGCCAUUGUUUUACUGAUAUUAUAGUGGCUGUGCGGUAAUGCUAACCGCCACAGGCUAGCCUUUAUUUUCCCUUCUAACGGUGUUGAUCUGCGAGCUGCUCAAAAACAUCAAGUCACAUUUCAGGUUCCCGUGGAUUUUGAGUUCAAAAUGAAAUUGGCUCAUAUUUUGCUGAAGAACACUUCGAGGUUUAACAUACCGAAGCAAGUGGACUGGUUUUCUAAGUUCUCGCCAUCGCCACUUUCAAUGAAACAGUUCAUAGACUUCGGUUCUGCCAAUGCCUGUGAGAAGACCUCUUUCAUAUUCCUUCGUCAAGAGCUUCCAGUCAGACUGGCCAACAUCAUGAAGGAGAUUGACCUGCUCCCUGACAAGCUCAUCGGGACGCCAUCUGUUCAGCUGCUACACACUUGGUAUACACAGAGUCUGAUGGAGCUUGUGGACUUCCUGGAAAAAGAUCCUGAAGAUAAAAAUGUUUUGCAGAAGUUCACAGAGACACUGAUCAACGUGAGGAAUAGACACAAUAAUGUCGUGCCCACGAUGGCGCAGGGAGUGCUGGAGUACAAGGAGGCUUUUGGCGUGGAUCCAGUGACCAAUCAGAAUGUCCAGUAUUUCCUCGACCGCUUCUACACGAGUCGUAUCUCGACACGUAUGCUUAUGAACCAGCAUACACUGAUCUUCAGCGGGAGCACAAACCCAGCUCACCCGAAGCAUAUCGGCAGUAUCGACCCAAGCUGUGAUGUAGUGGAGGUGGUAAAAGAUGCAUAUGAGAGCUCCAGGAUGCUUUGUGAUCAGUAUUACCUAAUGUCUCCAGACGUGAAGAUCGAGCAAGUGAAUUCGAAAGACUCUAGUGAACCUGUGAAUAUCGUCUAUGUGCCAUCUCAUCUUUAUCACAUGAUCUUUGAGCUCUUUAAGAAUGCAAUGAGAGCGACUGUAGAAACCCAUGAGAACAGCAUGUAUCUUCCACCAAUUAAAGUUCGGGUUUCUCUUGGACAUGAAGACCUGACCAUAAAGAUGUCAGACAGAGGAGGAGGUGUGCCCUUGAGGAAGAUUGACCGUCUUUUUAGUUAUAUGUAUUCUACAGCACCGAGCCCUGUCAUUGACAACGCUCGCAAUGCACCACUGGCUGGCUUUGGUUACGGCCUUCCCAUCUCACGCCUCUACGCUAGGUACUUCCAAGGAGACCUCCAGCUCUACUCGAUGGAGGGAUACGGCACAUCAGCCGUCAUUUACUUGAAGGCGUUAUCUUCUGAAUCCGUAGAGAGACUGCCAGUUUUCAACAAGUCAGCUUUAAGACAUUACCAGACGAGCAUCGAGGCAGAUGACUGGAGCAUUCCGAGUAGCGAACCCAAGAAACUAGGAAAGUAUGAUUACGGUGUGCAAGACGUGCGAACAGAGAGCAGGGUGAAAUGAUGAAAAAUAAUUGGAUAAAGCUUGAGGGACGAGCAAAAUUUUCGUUUCAGUCUCAGAAUUACUGGCUUCACAUUGCAGCGUGAAAAGGGCAUUUGUAUAAAAACCUCACAUUAUGCUUCAUUUUAUUCAUGUAUUCUCAGUAUAAGCUAAUUUCAAUUCUGUCUAAUGAACAAAAUGAAAGCUGCAUAGAAAUAUGUAAAAAAAAAAAAAAUUUCCUCCCUGUUAGUGUGUGAUGUAUUCAUGGAGGAUAAUAUUCAGAAUUUUGACUAAUGAGAAAUAUCUAGUGCAAACUCUGUUUAAGGUGGGUCCAAGUUCAUCUUGUGUCUGUGUCUAACUCCCCCAAAAGAACCACCAGGAACAACAGAUUAACAUCAUAAUAUUUGCUAACCAUGAGACAGGGGUAUUUUCUACACCCAGAGGAAGCCCGCUUAAAAUAUGAGUUAUAUCUACCUUGAUCCCUGCAUUGUUGUAAAUUUCUGUACAUGAGAAAACAGCAAAAAUGUUAAAGACCUAUUAGCUUUCAUGCAAGUGUAUGUUCGCCAAAUCAUCAUCAAAGUCUCUCAAGGACAUGGCCCAGACUGAUCAGUCAGCGAACCAGUCUUCACCUAAAUUAAUCAAAUCAGCGAAUAAGUGUGGACAUUAAAUUUAACAUGUAUUUCCGCUAAUGAUCAGAGUGCUAUUAGCUGAACUGUGAGAUGCAGCUGAUAAGUAGGACUGAAAAAUCUGGCAGUUUAUACGAAUAUUUACCAUUAGAGUCCCAGGUGAUGAAAAUCAGAAUGGUUGGUAAGUGUACAAGCAGAAAACAGUAAAAAUAAUGCAAACAUUGCAGACUGUCAGGAAAAAUGCAUGUCAUGUAUUCUUUAAUAAGAAAUAAUAGCAGUGUGUGUAGUGGUAGGCUACAGUAUAUUGGGAUUAAAAUACAGUGGUGCUUGAAACUUUGUGAACCCUUUAGAAUUUUCUAUAUUUCUGCAUAAAU